GGCCACCCGGGAGCGGGGGCCCUCGGUCUCAGCAUGAGCGGCAAUCUCAACGCCAACCAUCUCAACCUAGACGCGUCCUCCUCCUCCUCCUCCUCCUCCUCCUCCUCCUCCUCCUCCUCCUCCGCCUCCGCCGCCGCCGCCUCGGUCCAAGAGCCCAAGAUGGACGCGCUCAUCAUCCCGGUGACCAUGGAGGUGCCGUGCGACAGCCGGGGCCAGCGCAUGUGGUGGGCAUUCCUGGCCUCCUCCAUGGUCACUUUCUUCGGCGGCCUCUUCAUCAUUCUGCUCUGGCGGACGCUCAAGUACCUGUGGACCGUCUGCUGCCACUGCGGGGGCAAAAGCAAGGAGGCCCAGAAGAUCAACAAUGGCACUACACAGGCGGAUGGUACGCUCAAGCCAGUGGAUGAAAAAGAGGAGGUGGUGGCAGCAGAAGUCGGCUGGAUGACUUCCGUGAAAGAUUGGGCAGGGGUCAUGAUCUCUGCCCAGACGCUAACCGGCAGAGUCCUGGUUGUCUUAGUCUUCGCUCUUAGCAUUGGUGCACUUGUAAUAUACUUCAUAGAUUCCUCCAACCCAAUAGAAUCCUGCCAGAAUUUCUACAAAGAUUUCACAUUACAGAUCGACAUGGCUUUCAACGUAUUCUUCCUCCUCUAUUUUGGCUUGCGGUUCAUUGCAGCCAACGAUAAGCUGUGGUUUUGGCUGGAAGUUAACUCAGUUGUAGAUUUCUUCACAGUCCCUCCAGUGUUUGUGUCAGUUUAUUUAAACAGAAGUUGGCUGGGUUUGAGAUUUUUGAGAGCUCUCAGAUUGAUACAGUUUUCAGAAAUUUUGCAGUUUCUGAAUAUCCUAAAAACCAGCAAUUCCAUCAAGCUGGUGAAUCUGCUCUCAAUAUUUAUCAGCACGUGGCUGACAGCAGCUGGGUUCAUACAUUUGGUAGAGAACUCAGGGGAUCCAUGGGAAAAUUUCCAAAAUAACCAAGCUCUUACAUACUGGGAAUGCGUUUAUUUGCUAAUGGUUACGAUGUCCACAGUUGGUUAUGGAGAUGUUUAUGCAAAAACAACCCUGGGUCGCCUUUUCAUGGUCUUCUUCAUCCUCGGGGGACUGGCCAUGUUUGCCAGCUACGUCCCUGAAAUCAUAGAGUUAAUAGGAAACCGCAAGAAAUACGGUGGUUCCUAUAGUGCGGUUAGUGGAAGAAAGCACAUCGUUGUCUGUGGCCACAUCACUCUGGAGAGUGUGUCUAACUUCCUGAAGGACUUCCUACACAAAGACCGCGAUGAUGUCAACGUGGAGAUAGUUUUUCUUCACAAUAUCUCUCCAAACCUGGAACUCGAAGCUCUAUUUAAACGACAUUUUACUCAGGUGGAAUUUUAUCAGGGUUCAGUCCUCAAUCCACAUGACUUGGCUAGAGUCAAGAUAGAGUCAGCAGAUGCAUGCCUAAUCCUUGCCAAUAAGUACUGCGCUGACCCAGACGCUGAAGAUGCCUCCAAUAUUAUGAGAGUAAUUUCCAUAAAGAAUUACCACCCGAAGAUAAGAAUUAUAACUCAGAUGCUGCAGUAUCACAACAAGGCCCAUCUGCUCAAUAUCCCAAGCUGGAAUUGGAAAGAAGGAGAUGACGCGAUCUGCCUCGCCGAACUGAAGCUGGGAUUCAUCGCCCAGAGCUGCCUGGCGCAGGGCCUCUCCACCAUGCUCGCCAACCUCUUCUCCAUGAGGUCAUUCAUAAAGAUUGAGGAGGAUACAUGGCAGAAGUACUAUCUGGAAGGAGUCUCUAAUGAAAUGUAUACAGAAUAUCUAUCUAGUGCCUUCGUGGGUCUGUCCUUCCCUACAGUUUGUGAACUGUGCUUUGUGAAGCUAAAACUCUUAAUGAUAGCCAUAGAAUACAAGUCGGCCAAUCGCGAAAGCCGCAUAUUAAUCAACCCUGGAAACCAUCUGAAGAUUCAAGAAGGUACUUUAGGAUUCUUCAUUGCAAGUGAUGCCAAAGAAGUUAAAAGGGCAUUUUUUUACUGCAAGGCCUGUCAUGAUGACAUCACAGAUCCCAAAAGGAUCAAAAAAUGUGGCUGCAAACGGCCCAAGAUGUCCAUCUACAAGAGAAUGAAACUGGCAUGUUGUUUUGAUUGCGGACGUUCUGAGCGUGACUGCUCUUGCAUGUCAGGCAGUGUGCAUAGUAACAUGGACACCCUUGAGAGAGCCUUCCCACUUUCUUCUGUCUCUGUUAAUGAUUGCUCCACCAGUUUACGUGCCUUUGAAGAUGAGCAGCCGUCAACUCUGUCACCCAAAAAAAAGCAACGAAAUGGAGGCAUGCGAAAUUCACCGAAUUCCUCACCUAAGCUGAUGAGGCAUGACCCCUUGUUAAUUCCUGGCAAUGAACAGAUCGACAACAUGGAUUCCAAUGUGAAAAAAUAUGAUUCUACAGGGAUGUUUCACUGGUGUGCAGCCAAAGAGAUAGAGAAGGUCAUUCUGACUCGAAGUGAAGCUGCUAUGACAGUUUUAAGCGGGCACGUCGUGGUCUGCAUAUUCGGAGACGUCACGUCUGCAUUGAUUGGAUUGAGGAAUUUAGUGAUGCCCCUCCGAGCAAGCAACUUCCAUUACCAUGAACUCAAACAUAUAGUAUUUGUGGGAUCCAUCGAAUACUUAAAGAGAGAAUGGGAGACUCUGCAUAACUUCCCUAAAGUUUCAAUACUGCCUGGUACACCAUUAAGCCGGGCUGAUUUAAGGGCUGUCAACAUCAACCUCUGCGACAUGUGCGUUAUCCUGUCAGCCAAUCAGAAUAAUAUUGAUGAUACUUCGCUGCAGGACAAGGAAUGCAUCUUGGCGUCACUCAACAUCAAAUCUAUGCAGUUUGAUGACAGCAUCGGGGUCUUACAGGCUAAUUCCCAAGGGUUCACGCCACCAGGGAUGGAUAGAUCGUCUCCCGACAACAGCCCAGUCCAUGGGAUGUUACGUCAGCCAUCCAUCACAACCGGAGUCAAUAUCCCCAUCAUUACUGAGCUGGUGAAUGAUACUAAUGUUCAGUUUUUGGACCAAGAUGACGACGACGAUCCUGAUACCGAACUGUACCUCACACAGCCAUUUGCCUGUGGGACGGCAUUUGCUGUCAGUGUGUUGGACUCCCUAAUGAGUGCGACAUACUUCAAUGACAAUAUCCUCACCCUGAUCCGGACCCUGGUAACGGGAGGAGCUACCCCAGAGCUGGAAGCGCUGAUCGCAGAGGAGAAUGCGCUGAGAGGUGGCUACAGCACGCCCCAAACACUUGCAAACAGAGACCGGUGUCGGGUUGCUCAGUUAGCUCUGCUUGACGGGCCAUUUGCUGAUCUAGGGGAUGGUGGCUGUUAUGGAGAUUUGUUCUGUAAAGCUCUGAAAACAUACAACAUGCUCUGCUUCGGAAUUUACCGGCUGAGGGACGCCCAUCUGAGCACACCUAGUCAGUGCACAAAACGGUAUGUCAUCACCAAUCCACCCUACGAGUUUGAGCUCGUGCCGACAGACUUGAUCUUCUGUUUAAUGCAGUUUGACCACAACGCUGGCCAAUCUCGGGCCAGCCUCUCUCAUUCCUCCCACUCCUCCCACUCCUCCAGCAAGAAGAGCUCCUCUGUUCACUCCAUCCCCUCCACCGCGAACAGACAACACCGUCCCAAGGCCAGGGAUUCUCGAGACAAACAGAAUGCAACAAGGAUGAAUAGAAUGGGCCAAGAAAAGAAAUGGUUUACAGAUGAACCGGAUAAUGCCUAUCCCAGAAACAUUCAAAUCAAGCCAAUGAGCACCCAUAUGGCUAAUCAGAUCAACCAAUAUAAAUCGACAAGCAGCUUGAUACCACCAAUCAGAGAAGUGGAAGAUGAAUGUUGACUCCCAGGAGCCCAGGACUAUUUUUUUUAAAGCCUGACAAACUUCAUAAAUGGUGAUGUGACAUUUUUUCCUCUAACAUGCAGAAUCACUGGUGGAAAAGUUGUGAAAAACAAGCAUUAUGAGAAAAAUUAAGUAGACAGUUCCUUCUUUUUGUCUGCCUUUAAUACUGCUUCCAUGUAUUUUGGAAAAUAUUUCAUUUAUAAGUGAACAUAGUCAAAAUAAUCAUGUAUAGCCUCUAACAUUUUAAAUUAUUUUUAUUUAUUAGAAAGAAAAUAUAUAUUUUUUCUUUUUUUCCAUCAUCCAGUAUCUUCCCUGCCAAACAACGAGCCAAACUGGUUAUGUGGCCAGACUCCUAAGGAAACGUUCAUCUUUUUCCUGCCUCUGUUUCCAAGGAGAAUGAUGGUCUCCUCCCCACGGGAAUCCCUCCCCACAGAAAGUUGUAAUUAAGGGGAUCAAAUUUCAAAAUAAAACUGUUCCAAGAGUUCCAACCUGGUGUACAUGUAUUUUGGUAAAUUAAAAGGAGAGAUAGAGAAAAAUAAAUACAGUUCCCUCCCCAUUCCUUUACCGGAAGAUGUGCUUUUUGUUCAGCAUUGACACCAGCUCUUAAUAAACAGAAAUGUAUUUAUUUUCAAAUUUGAAAGUCAUAUUUUUGUAUGUUUAGCAUUCAUUCUGGAUUCCUCAUGACUUUAUGACCUAUAUAGAGGGGAAGACAUUCUUGCAAAUCUUGGAAAGUCAUUGAUCACUCUAAGAUCCAUAAAGAAUCGUGGAUAAGUUGCUUCCUCCAUAGGCUAGUGGACAACAUAGAAGCCAAGGGACUAUGGGCAGAUGAGUGCAUAGUACUUGUUUGUUUCUGAAUGGAUGUGAAGUUUGCAUUCCACUUGGCUUCUUCUUUCAUUUUUUUCAAAUAUCAUUUGCUGAGUAAGUUCAACCUUGGAAAUACCUUUGAUUUUUACGGGGGAAGAGAAGGGAGGCCCAGGUUUCAAAGUUCUUAGCCUGUGGUAUAAUUUGUGGGUUUCCUGUAUUGACUGGGACAUUGCACACAUAACUGUUAGAACAACAUGAAAAUAAAAUUUAGGAAACCAAAGAACAUAUUACAACAGGUCUUUAAAAACAGCCAGCGGUGAAAUCAAAGGUAUCGACAGUUUCAAAGAAUGGUCAGCACCUUAUUCUGGCCAUCAAACAUAAUUGUGAUGUUUCUUAGCUUCACUGCAAUAUGCAGAAUUUAUAGUCACCCGAGUCUUUGAUGUUCUGAACAACUUAGCAAGUCUUUCACCUCGAAAUGCUCGAUCCUUGAUACAUGCAAUCCAAAGUCUCUAGAUGAAGAACAGACAAGCUAUUGGGUUUAUUUUGUUUGGUUUUUGUAAACAUGCUGGGACUUGGGAAAAAUGAAAGAAACAGAAACACCCAAAGUCCCAUGGUGGAUGGAGGUUACCCUUUCAGUCUUUGUGAUUGUUGCAGAAUUUCAAACGCCAAAAUCCAGCAUACUGUGGUAACUAUUUACAUUAGUGAAAUACCAAUGAAUUAGAUGGGAACUGAGUACACUCACCAUUAAUACUUCUGUCCACUAUGUACUCCAAUUACUAAGCUAAACUAUCUCAGCUUUAAUGUUUGUCCACUGGCUGCAGUAGUAAUAUAUUCACACGGCCACCUUAGUAGGCUUUGUCCUGGAGUGACGUUUUGGACUGUGAUUACUUUGUCUUUCCAUUUAGUAGAAUUAGCUAUAUAAAAAAAGAACUGUGGAUAUGUCUGUAAGAUGGGAUUGUCUUUCAAAUAUUUAUAAUCACUAACCUAUUCAGAGAACAAAAUUGACAGGAUUAAACCCAUUUCAUGGUUCCCAAAUGAAAGGAGGGGGAAAAAAAACCCAACCUAAUUGUGAGACUACACUUUUGCAGCAAGGAGGCAUUCUUUUCAUUUUCAUUUUUGCAUUAGAAACAUCUUCAAGGCUUUAGUUUGGCCAAUGCUCCUUUUUCAUUAAUGAAUGGCAAAAAUAUCCUUCCUGGGUGAACAGACUGAAUUGACUCUUGCUAGGUAUAUUGGCGUUGGUCUCCACCUUUUCCAAAUACAUUUGAUUUGCUUAGGCUAGUUGGCACGCUGAUAUUCAGUGCAUUACUUUUAGAACUGUGGACGGUGCCAUUACUUAGUAUCCUUCAUUAGGGGAAAAGGUCCUGGAUGUGUAGGAAAGCAAAGGUGAACUUUUUCUAAAAGCUACCUGAAUGCUGGGCAUUUCCUAGAGUUUAGUAAAUAACCUAGACAGCAAUCUUCGAUCAGGCCCUCUAGGAACAAAGGAUCAAAUGGUCUCUCAUUAAUUCCAAAAUUUGUGCAACUUAAGUCAAAGGGGUUAAACCACGUAUACCUGUAUCUUCACUGUUGAAAAGUUAUGACUUUGAAACCGAAGCCAAGACCUUUCUCUGUAGACCAGUAGUAUUAAUGUGAGGUGAUGGUAACUACUUGUUUGAGGAAAAGCUGGCCCCUCUGCCAUGGUACCUUAAUGAAUUAGGUCAUGAGUUCUCCUUAAUAAGCAAAUGGUUAUGUUCUUUGGCCAAUAAAAUUGCUAAUUGACAACUCUUCUUAAACUCGUAUUUAUGAAGAGGUGGGUGACUAGCAUCCAUAGAUAAUUGGUCUCUGGGAGGCGUUAGUAUCAACUGGAAAGAGAGAAAUCAGAAUUCUCAGGGACAUACAUUACAAAGCUCCUUUACUUUCAAAGCUGUUAUAAUAAUGUUGGUAUUUGUUAAGCGCUUACUAUGUGCCAAGCACUGUUCUAAGCGCUGGAUUUACUGAGAUCUCUACCCAACAUUAAUCAUCUUUCCCUUUGAAACCAAUAUGUUGUCUUUCUCCCAGGUCGCUCACUAAUCUCACAAAGCCUGGUGUUUGCGGCACCACCACCUCCUCAGAGAAGUCACUAAGGGUCUUUCAGAGCAUAACUCUGGAAUGUUUUAGAUGAAUGACUGACUCGAAGUUAUUCACAAACAAGCAUCUAUGGCAAACAGCAUGGCCAGGGAAUCUUCACAUGACAAUGUGUGAAACAGUUUUUUUUUCCAGCCAAUGCCUAAUGCACACCUUAAAUGUUUCCUGCCAAAGCAACAGGAGGAAGCGAUGCAUAUGUACUGAAGAGAUGUGGUUUAGGCCCAAGGUAGAGGGGAAGAGAAGGAAUGGAACCCAAUGAGCUGAGUUUAUCGAGCAAAGAGUAGCUGGUCAAAUUGCUGCAUUAUAAAAGCAAUAAUUCAACAGCAGAGGAGCUGUAUAGUAGCAGAGUCCCUGACAUCAUUUCACAUUUUCUGGCUUUGAUGGAUGCAUUUUUGGUUUGUCUGAAAUGUUCACAUUGAAUCUUUGACUUCAAGGGCCCAAAUUCAAAGCCUAGGUUUCCCUGGUCACCAAAUCUACUCUUAAACAUGACAAGAUUUGUCCCUGAUACCUACAAUCUCUCCAUGGGUAUGGUGUUCUGGUGAAAUUUAAAACGUCUCUGGUUCCUGCUUUCAGCUAUUCAGGCCCAUCCUCUUCCACCAUUCUCGGAUCACUAAUCUCUCCCUACUUGGCUAUUCAGUCCAAGGUUUCCAUCUGGGUUUGAUACCUCAAUUGCAUCAAACAUUUCCUUUUCCUAUCAGCCUACUCCUCCCAAUAGAUUAGUCAAAGCAUUCCAUUUGUGAGAAUAAAACUUUUGGGCAAAAUGGAAAAAUGAAGAAGGUAAAAGAGGCAGACUGAAAUUUGGGCCAUCUUACCUCAUCUCCAUCCUUCUCCAUGCAGUUUGCUUUUAAAUCAAAUCAGGGUCCGUGUUUAACUCCAGGGAAGGAGGAAAGCACCAUUUCCGGGUUUCAGGCCACCAUUUUUCUUUACUCUUCUAUUGUAGAGGACACUGGGAGGGAACAAUCGUACAAAGAAAUAUCCCUUUUCUGUCAGCGUUCCUAAUUGGUUGAAAUUGGAACUGGGGAGUUCAACUUUUGAAAUACAUUUCUAGAAAUGUUAUUCCUUUGUGGGGAAAUUCUGUAACUUUACUAGCCAUUUGGGUUUUAGGAAAUGUAUAUUUAACAUGUUUAUCUUUCCAGUAGUCUGAGUGGUUUUUCCCCUAUUCCAUUGAACUGGUUGUAUGUGUUGGGAAAACAGCAAGGGAAGAUAACUACUAGAAAAAAGGCUCAUUUUAACCUAGCUGAAAUAUCGGUGUCAUGAGCAUAUGAGACAAAAUAUUAAAACAUGUAAAAGAGUUCUCAAAACAGUGUGCUUUAAUCCUAUAUAAUUUAAUAAAUUCUGCUUAGCAUAUUAUCUCCCAAGAGAACCCCAAAUCAAAUCUUUUCUCAGAGAGAUCAAAAUAAUAUCAUCUAUAAGAGGGAGGCAGUGUUAUCCUCUGUGAUUUUUAACAAUGUAGGCUUCUUUCUUUUAUUUUUUCCCUUCUAUCUGUUCGACAUCAUAAAUGCCUUCUGGAAUUCAGCAGACUUUAAGAUUCCUGAGAUAAAUAUUACACGGCAUUUAUUUGCAUUUACAGUUUUCCCGCAUCCCCAGAUGCCAAGUUAAAAAAAAAAAAACCUUCGUAUUAUGUAGUAGAUGUUAAAUAAUUACCACCUUCUGUAAAUUACAACACUGUGCUGUACACUACUUUCUCUCAAAUGCCACAGUUUUGGAACUGUGGAGCACUGGUGGUUAGUUUCAGAACUAGAUUGGAAAUGACACCAAAAUUCUCAAACAUAAUUGUUAUUUCUAAUAAAGAAAGGGUAGCUCAUCAGGAUAUACUAUUUUGAGUACCAUGAGGGAAUAUACACAUGAGGCCAACACAUACAGAGAGUUCCACUCUGGCAGCUUAGUGUUUUACUGAUGCUGGAUUUGUCAAAUGUGGGAAUGAGAAUUUCCUCGGUAAUCAGUUGGAGGAGAACUGUUUGUGGCCUUUACCCAAAGGUUUGCUGAACUCUUUGCCUCUAAUUCCUUUAAGAUUUCAGAAAUAAUUUUUAAACUAUGGCAAGGAACUAGAACCAUAACUGUUCCUUUCUGCUUCUUCUCAUUCUCCUUGGUAAUGCAUUAGACACUGGUGCCUAAAAAUUGCAAAACUUCAAACAGAAACCCAAGUUUUCCUGGAAGUUAUUAAAGCUUUGAAAUUCCCAUGAUGUACACUAAAUCCUGCCUUCAAAUUGUUUUUUUUUCCUACAGCCCAGGUACCUUAUAGGAAUUCCACAGUUGAGGCUUGUUUUGGGGGUGAAACAGAAAGCACACCCAGAGUUCUACCUAGAAGUUCAUCAAGAAAAAGGAGUGUAGCUGAUUCAUCGUUGUGUUUUUGGGUUUGUUUUGUUUUCAUUUAAAUAGGGAUUAUUAGUGAGAGAGAACAAAUGCUGGUGCUCAGAAUCGAUCUACCCGUCAUCUGUAAUAUCCAGUGAUAAAUAUAUUGUCUUGUAAAAAGGGUUUGUACAUAACUUGUACAUGGUUUCAUUUUGUAUUUUUCUCAGAUUAAAAUUUAUGUAUUUGUGUUCUAAAACAA